AUGUGGCUCGUCUUCCUUGUCGCAGUACUUCUUGGGUUUAUGACCGGAACAACCAAUGGCUUUGUCGAGCAAAUAUCUAUGCCGGAUGAGUUGCAGGAAUGUUACAAAUAUCAGACACAGAACAUAGAUUUCACUCAGAAGCCUUCCCAGGAGAUAAACAUGUUCUGUAUUACUCAAUACCUUUACAAGACUGCCCACCUUCGGCCACAACGACCCGUGACAAACGAAACCAUUGCCUACGUUGGUGAACUCAUGCGACGGGUCAUCAGCAAACACGGGAAAAAAAGCAAUAGGUCUAAAAGGCAAGGUUUUCCUGGUGCAAGCAUUAUGGGUGUAAGGAGAGAAAUUAGAACUCUUUCACGUCGGGAAUGGGACACACUCGUGUACAGACUCAACCAACUUCAGCAACCAAUUUUAACCCCUGGCCAGCCUCCCUUCGUGCCGUACUACGCUAUUUGUGAAAUGCACAUGUCCCCGGCAAUCAUACAGGCGGCUCACAAUGGACCUAACUUCCUCAGCUGGCACCGAAUUUACCUACUCUUAUUGGAGGAAGCCUUGGGAAUGCCAAUACCAUAUUGGGACAGUCGUCUUGACUACAGAAUGCCACAGCCUACAGACUCCAUUGUGUGGACACCAGAGUUCUUCGGGGAAGGAUUCGGAAAUGUAGCAUCUGGUCCUUUUGCCGGAUGGCCCCACGUUCCGUCCCCUGAUCGCGUACCUCUUCUCCGCAAUAUAGGAAAUGACGGCUCUUUGGUCAGUGAUAGAGCAGUAAAUGCUAUAAUGUCGGCUUUUAGUCAUUUUGACGUCACCGAGCCUGCCCCGCCACCUCAAAUGACCUUUGAGGCAAUUCAUAAUGCCGUUCAUGUUUGGAUUGACGGUCAAAUGUCUGGAAUUUCGACUUCGCCACAAGACCCUAUCUUCUUCAUGCAUCACGCGUUUAUUGAUUAUCUUUGGAGUGUGUUUAGAAAUGUUGUCCGAAAUUCCGGUGUCAACCCAGAAAACGAUUAUCCAAGAAAAGGAAAUAGAAUUCACGCUCCGAUGUCACAAAUGAUUCCCUUCAGCUUGAUGAAUAUUCAGGGUUACCGCAAUGACAUUGAAUCUCCAUAUGCACCAUCUCCAACUUGCCCAGAAUGUGGCGGUAGCGAGUAUCUACAGUGUGUACCUCCCGGAUACUGCGUUUCUGUCAGUGGGUUCGCGCCUGGUUUUUCCAGCACACCACGUGGACGUGGAUCACGGCCAGUUCCAGUUAGGCAAAGAUUUGAAACUGGACUACGUGAUCCUCGUACGCGAGGGGAGGCUACCAUGACCACCAUUGCAGGUCGAAGGCGAAGAAGCGUAAGAGAAACAAACAAAACGACAUCUUUUUCAAAUGACGCGUCGCAGAUGAACAACCCUUAUCAAAAUACAUUUGUCAUUGACGGAGUCAGUGACGUCAACAAAUGGUCCUUCGUUCCUGUUAGGAUCAUAUUUGAAAGACCACCUGAAGCAAAAUUCGAAUCUUUUGUAAUGAAAGAUGGGAAAUUAGUAAAUAAUACGGAUAUGUUUUCACCAUCAAAGUACAAUAGUUUUAAAGUUGAAAUAAAACAGAAAGUUCCAGCAACUUAUCCCAAGUGCCACAUUUCCGGUUCCGGGGCAUCAAAAGUAUUUGUGCAAACAGACGGACUUGAUUAUUCUGGUAGAUAUAAAGAUUAUGCGGUUGUAGAUGAGAGACUUCCUAUUUCUGCAUCUAUGGCUUACGUUGGAGUGAAACGCCCAGAAAAUGGUGCAGCUAAAUUUUACAUGACAGCUUACGACUCGUGUGGAAGAGUCUGCAGACCUAGAUGUCUUGUAAAUGGAAGGUAUCAAGAAUGUUCCGGAGCUUUUCAGAUCUCAACAGCAUAUCCAAAAAUGUACGGAAAGACAUAUGAAGAAGCUGUGCAAGGUGUUUGGACAAUAGGUGAUCAACUUCUCGCUCAAUCUCAUUCAGCCGAGAUCCCGAUAGCUUUCAUUUGUAAAAUCACAAAUCAGUGGCCGUGGCGGUUAUAG